ACAGGGCUGAAGCUCCGUCUCUUCACAGACACUGUCACAGACACAUCUGGCACUCGCCACAAUCCCUUCAGGUUUCCAGCGUUAUCACUGGGGGUUGGGAUGGGUCCGGGUCCCCUCUGAUCGCUCGUUGGUUGGAGAAGGGUGACUGACGGCGUCUGAAAAGUUCGUGGCAAAAGGUCAAAGAAGUGAAAUGUUUAAUGCUGCUUCUCCAUCCUCUCGGUUAUCUCCAACAUUUUUAUUUUAAGUGCAGCAUCGGCAGUAUUUCAUUGUUGAAGCUGCAAACGCAGCUCGUUUUGCAGAAGGGACUUUUUGUUGUCUGAAACACUAUGCCGCGGAAUGUGGAAGUUUGUACUUUGAGGUGUGGAUUAUAGCUUUGAAGACCUGGGGACGUGGAAAUUUUGUUGGAAAUUUCCCAGUUUUCUUCAGUUUAAUUUUUUAUGGAUUUGAGUAGGAAGUAAUCUGACGUCAAUAUUUAUAACACUUUGCCCGGAAGAUUCACGCAGGAGAGAGUAGACUUGACUACAUCUGAGUCAGCAAAAGUUGAGUCCGCAACACAGAGACGAGUCAAUUAACCCGACUCUACCAAUCCAAGUGAACGAAUUUCGCUCAGCUCAAACGGGUCAGCAAUAUUGGGACCGGCCGGGAAUCAACUAACCGGCGGCAGCGGUGGACCAGCAAUCCGCUACUCUUAAUCAGUCCGCUCCGCCGGGUCAGCUCUGGGACAGUCCAUAGUCUGGAUCCUCGCACAGCUGCUCCAUAAUCUGCAUCCGUACUGGGACAGUCUCUACUCCAAAUCAGGGCUGGGGCAAUCUCUAACCUGGAUCAGCUCUGGGUCAGUCUAUAAUUCGAAACAGCUCUGGGACAACGUAUGGUCCGGCUCUGCACUGGGACAGUCUAUAACCCGGGUCUGCACUGGGAUAUUCUAUUACCCGGGUCUGCACUGGGACAGUGUAUAAACCGGGUCUGCACUGGGACAAUCUAUUACCCGGGUCUGCACUGGAACAGUGUAUAAGCCGGGUCUGCACUGGGACAGUGUAUAAACCGGGUCUGCACUGGGACAAUCUAUUACCCGGGUCUGCACUGGAACAGUGUAUAAGCCGGGUCUGCACUGGGACAGUCUAUAACCCGGGUCUGCACUGGGAUAUUCUAUUACCCGGGUCUGCACUGGAGCAGUGUAUAAACCGGGUCUGCAGUGGGACAGUCUAUUACCCGGGUCUGCACUGGAGCAGUGUAUAACCCCGGUCUGCACUGGGACAGUGUAUAAACCGGGUCUGCACUGGGACAGUGUAUAACCCCGGUCUGCACUGGGACAGUGUAUAAACCGGGUCUGCAGUGGGACAGUCUAUUACCCGGGUCUGCACUGGAGCAGUGUAUAACCCCGGUCUGCACUGGGACAGUCUAUUACCCGGGUCUGCACUGGGACAGUGUAUAACCCUGGUCUGCACUGGGACAGUCUAUUACCCGGGUCUGCACUGGGACAGUCUAUUACCCUGGUCUGCACUGGGACGGUCUAUAAUCCUGCAGUGGGACGGUGCCCAGCUGGCUGUGGGUCGCAGCCUUCCCUCUCUCCUUGCUCUCUGAGCCAGCCUCUGAUUUACGGGAAUGUCAGCGCUGGACGCUGCCGGCUUUGUGCUGGCCCUGCUGGGCUGGAUUCUGAUCGGAGUGUGCCUGGGGGUGGACCAGUGGAGGGUCUCCACGCUGGACGGCAGUGUCAUCACCACCUCCACCAUCUACGAGAACCUGUGGAAAAGCUGCGCCAGCGACUCGACUGGAGUCUACAACUGUAGGGACUUCCUCAGCCUGUUUGGCCUCUCAGAUUAUAUCCGUGCUUCUCAGGCCUUGAUGAUCAUAUCUAUCUUGAUGGGAUUUUUUGCCGGAAUCACCAGUUUGUUUGGAUUGAAGUGCACGCUAUUGGGUAACAUGGAACCCACGGUGAAGGCAAAAGUUGCAACUGCUGGAGGGGUCCUGUUUAUAAUCGCUGCCCUGUGCGCAAUGGUCCCCGUUUCCUGGUAUGCCUACAAUGUCACUGUACAGUUUUAUGACCCAAUCUACCCUGGCACCAAGUAUGAGCUCGGACCGGGUCUCUAUAUUGGCUGGGCUGGAGGAUCUCUGGAGCUGAUCGGUGGAAUCUGCCUGUGCCUCUCAUGUCAAACAGCUAAGGACGUGAGAGGCAGCUACACGUACACGUACAGGACAACUAGAUCCCCGGCAGGAGAAGCAUCCAAGAAAUGGAACUCGGAGCUGGAUAAUGCCAGCAACUACGGGAAGAACGCUUAUGUUUGAGGGUGCUCUUACCUUCAGCGCCUUGACUCGUCUGGUGAAUGGGCACAGUCUACUGAAUUGGAGAUAGUAGGAACUGCAGAUGCUGGAGAAUCUGAGAUAACAAGGUGUAGAGCUGGAUGAACACAGCAGGCCAAGCAGCAUGAGAGGAGCAGGAAAGUUAACAUUUCGGCCCUGAUUUCUGAAGAAGGGUCUAGGCCCGAAACGUCAGUGUUACUGCUUCUCUGAUGCCACAUGGCCUGCAUCAUUCAUCCAGCUCUACAUCUUGUUAUCUCACAGUCUACUGAGUGUCAGGCCAGUCCCUUUACUCUGUGGGGGAUCAUUGUGUCCAUUUGCCCCCUUGUACAUGUGCAUCUACUUCCACACCUCGCAAGACAGGACUGGGUUAAUUUUUUAUCUCUCGCUUCUAUUUGCUGAAAACCUGAUCAUGGCCGAUGAUGAAACUGGAAACUGGUCGAUAUGGCAUGAACCACGAUCCGGUGCCUUUUUCUCUCUCUCUCCCAAAAGCUUCACUGCAACUUGGGAUGGGGUCUGGGGAGCACGAGGAGAAAUCUUUACUGAACCUGAAAGAGACCGUUUAAUCGAUCGUGUAAGUGCCACUGCUCAGAGCAAACCUACACAGUGUCCUGUCUGCUUCCCCACGCGUUGUUCCUUUGUGAUUUGAAUGCUUCCAUUUGGACUGCCAUCUCAGGCAGCAUGUGGGAACAGGAGUAGGCCAUUCUGCCCCUUGGGUCUAUUCCACUGACCACGGCCGAUAAAGCACUUUUACCCAAUGCACCCACAAAACCCUGUUCAUCAGAAGUCUAUCAAUCCCUACUUUAAACAUAAUCAAAGGCUAUGCUUCUGCUGCCCUCUGUGAUAUUGCAAAGAUUCACAACUCUCCGAGUAAAAGAGCUCUCUCAACUCAGUCCUAAAUAGCAUUUCUGUUUAUUUUUAAAUGGUUCUGGACUCUCCAGUCAGGGGAAACACCUCAUCUGCAUCCACAUUUCUACCUCUGGAAGUGUUUUGUAGCUUUUGAUGAGAUGACUUAUCAUUUUGCAAAAGCCAGCCCGUCCAAUCUCUCUUCACAGGACAGCUCUGUGAAGGAGGCUGGUCAAUCUUCGCUGCACUCCAUCUCCCUUUCUUGACAUGAGGAGAUCAAAACUAUACAUGAUACUUCAGGUGUAAUCUAGCUAAUCUCAGACUUCAUGCUCCUAGAAUCUAGCACACUUGCAUUGUGUGGACAUUACAAUCGAAAACCACAAUGGAACAGUAAAAUGGUAUGUGUGUCCAGUUGGGGCUAGUAAAAGUGAAAUCUAUUGAAAGUCAUUAUGCUUGCAAAGAUGCUAAUGGAUCACAUUAUGAAUUUGACUGGAGGCAUCUCAACGUAAUUGCAACAUUGCCAUCAGUUUCCGAAGGUGAACAAGGGAUCCUUGGCCAAGAGGGUACAACCUUAUUAACAAGUUGAAAUCGACUCCUUAAUGAGUCUAUCAUGUGACGACACUAUACAACUGAAUCAAGCUUUCACCUAUAUUCAUGCACUCAUGUCCUCUUGCAAAAGAGACUAAAAUUCCAUCAGCCUUCCCAAUAGAUUUCUAAACUUGCAUAUUAGCCUUCAGUGAUUUAUCAACAAGGAUACCCAUGUCUAUUUGUAUAUCUCCACUUUCCAUCCUUGCACCAUUUGAUCCAAAGCUUAACCACUCACUACGUGAAAACAAAAGUUUAUCUUCUUUUUACCAUUUGUCCUUUUGUCAAUUACUCUAGAACUAUUUUCUUCUGGACUCUCAAUCCUUCCAACAUCAGGAACAGUUCUUCCUCUCCACUCUGUCCAGAUUCCUUAAUUGGAUUUCCUCCCAACAUUCUCUCCUCCGAGGAGAACAGACCUCACCCUAAUCCAUUCAGGCAACCAACAUUGCUCAACCCUGGAACCGUUAUCACAGCCAUCCUGAGCCGUCGGUGCAGAGAAGAGGAACCUGGGCACGUGGAGAUCCGAGAGAAGAAGAAAUCGAAGAGGCUGGCCUUGGGGAUGUGAGCGAGGACGUAUUUGUCCAGUUGGAGAGUGGGCAGAAUGGUGAGAGCACCGUGGUGGUCAGUAUCAGGGAAGUGAAGAGUUGGCCUGAGAUAGGUCAGUCUCGAGUCAGUGACGAGAACAGCCAAAAGUUAGUGUUUUCCAGAGCAGUGCAUUGGAGGAGUAAUGAUCUUUGAUCAGUUUAGUGCCACAUUCAGAGUUUCAGUGGCUGUCAGUGAAACUAGUAACCUUUGCUGGCUUUAGAGUAACACUGCUAGUGGUUACAAACAUGCAUAUUGGGAGUAGAAGUAGGUCAUUUGGCUCAUCAUUGCCAUUCAAGAAGAUCAUGGACUUAUUUUAUCUUUUGAAUUCCACAUUCUCAUCCCCUCCCAAUUGUCUUUCAUUCACCAUGCCCAACACAAAUCUACCUCCGCUUUAAAAACACCCACUGACCCUUAACAUCCACUGAUGUAUGAGGCACUUCCAAAGCCUUGAAGUGAAAGAAGUUCCCCGGAUCUCUGUCCUAACAAGCAACCCCAACCUGAAGUUUUAAAUAAUGGCUCCCUAGUGCUGGACUCACCCCCUAAGAGGAAACAUUUUUAUUGCCUUGUCAUCUUCCCACCUUGGGUAGAUAAAUGAUUAACCCUACUGCCUCCCUAUUAGGGACCCAGGUUCAAUUCUACCCCUGGGUGCCUGUCUGUGUGGAGUUUGGAUGUUUUGUGUGGGUCUCCUCUGGUUUCCUCCCAGAGUCCAAAGAUGUACAGGUUAGGGUGGAUUGGCCAUGCUAAAUUGUCCCGUAGUGCCCAGGGAUGUGCGGUUAGGGUGGAUUGGCCGUGCUAAAUUGCCCCAUAGUGCCAGGGAUGUGCGGUUAGGGUGGAUUGGCCAUGCUAAAUUGCCCCGUAGUGCCAGGGAUGGGCAGGUUAGGGUGGAUUAGCCAUGCUAAAUUGUUCUGUAGUGCCCAGGGAUAUGCAGCUUAGGGUGGAUUGGCCAUGCUAAAUUGUCCUGAAGUGCCCAGGGAUAUGCAGCGUAGGGUGGAUUGGCCGUGCUAAAUUGUCCUGUAGUGCCCAGGGAUGUGUGGGUUAGGGUGGAUUGGCCAUGCUAAAUUGCCCCGUAGUGCCUAGGGAUGUGUGGGUUAGCGUGGAUUGGCUGUGCUAAAUUGUCCUGUAGUGCCCGGGGAUGUGCAGGUUAGGGUGGAUUAGCCAUAGCCAUAGCCAGAGUUAUAAGGAAGGAGGGAGCUCUUUGGGGGAUGGGUGAGGACUUGAUGGGCUGAAUGUCCUGUUUCCACACUGCAGGCAUUCUAUGAUGAGGACUUUAUGCACGUCGCAAAUUGCCCCACGAUAUCAAGGCAUGAGUUAAUUCAUUCCUGACCUUUGGUCUCCAUGGUGAAGAAUGUCCAGCAUUUCUCUGUCAGUUUUCUUCCUAUCCCCUUCAGAAAGAUUCAACUCCCUUUCACAUUCGCUUUCACAAGGCACCGACUUUGCUGGAAGACCUCUCCAAAGUGGCUACUCCUCCAGAGCACUUAGGCUCUGAACCAGCUGCAUAACUGUACGACAGUCAGACGUAUCUGACAAUAAGCUCAUUCCAUUUACUUUCACUGACAUCACAUCAGUAAGGCCAGAUGGGAAUCAAAAAUUGUUUGGUUUUGAAAUGGAUCUUGCUGAACUAAAACAUAGCCACCCAACUGCAUGAUACAAAUUGAUGACAAUUUCUGGGCAGUUUCAGUCAGCAAUUAGCAGCUCAGAUUCCAGAGUUUAACACACUUGGAAUUGCAUGGACAUUCCAAGUGAUGACCAUGAUGGAGCAUUAAAAUUGUAUGUCUCUCCAGCAGUAACUGGUAACAAUGAAAGUUAUUGAAAAGUCUUGUGCCUGUAAAGGUGCUACUGGGCCAUAAUCUGAGACUAGAAAGCCUCAGUAUAAUUGCAAUGGUGCUCAUAGCCCCAUUAAUCUCCGAAAGUGAGCAAUGUAUUGAUCAGUGAAACUGACUCCUAUACCCGUCACUGAAAAUCCCCUGGUCUUUAUAAACAUUAGUUGUACAUUACUGAAGCUUUGCCUCAAUCUGCUGAGUAUUUUCCCUGCUGGUAACACUCAGUUUGUGUCAAGUGAGUUGAGCCUGCAAGACAAGCAGCAAAAUAGCCAGGAUCCAUUCUAACAGCGAAGCCUGCCUUGAGGAAACGGUCUCACCAUAAUUCAGAAAGAAACCUCGUUUUUAACUGAAGAGUGGACAAAGCAACCUCACACAGCCGUGCCGUUGUGGAUUUGUUAAUGAACUCAUCAACCCCUGCCUUGGCUAACUGAUCCCUGCCGAAUCUGAGUUCCUCCAGGAAAGAAUCCUUACUGGACACUAACUUUCUGUGCUCUGACAGUCAUGUGCAUUAAUGUUCAAGCUUUGGUGAUUCCGAAUUAGCAAAUCUUCCUUUUCUUAUUUUCUACCUUGUGAUGCGUGUGCGAGUUAUAUCAAUCAUUCCCCAGGCUUAAUAAAUCAUGUUUCUGAUUCAACCCGAAAGAGAGUUUGUGGUGGGCGAGUUUAAAAAUUGGAAUGAGUAAACAAACGAAGCACACAGUUGCCUGUUCUUAAAAAAACUCCACAUGUGGACAGAAAGUAGAUCAGAUCCAGCAGUGGUCAAAAGGAACAGGAAGUGCUCAGAAAAGCUUCCAGGGCUGCAGGAGAUAGGCGAAGAUGGAUUAGUGCGUGAGGUAAAUUCUAUCCUUCAGCAAGACCCCUGGGCCACGUUAAAAUUCUUUCUGUCAGCCGUCUUCGACAUAAGUGGU